AUGAGUCGCUUCGUUCGCCCGUCCAAAUAUCGUCAUGUAUACGGUAAUCCAGCCAAGAAGGAAGGGUGCUAUGACAAUGUCAAGGUUUCAAAUAAUGCCUGGGAUACGAAUCUCGUCGCAGCGAAUGGACGCUACGUCUCGGUGAACUGGCAAGCUUCAGGGGGUGGAGCAUUCGCGGUCAUUCCAACGGCGAACUACGGCAAGUUGCCUGAUAUCUAUCCGCUAUGUCGCGGUCAUUCUGCUCCCGUGCUCGACACCGCUUUCUCGCCGUUCAAUGACCAGAUGCUCGCCAGUGCCAGCGACGACGGCACGAUUGGUGUGUGGAAGGUUGACGACACCCUCUUCGACGUGCUGGACAUGAGCGAGAAGGAGAAGGAAAAGGCAGGCGGGGUCAAAGACAUGCAUCCGGUCGCAAAGAUCGCUGGCGGCUCGGGGAGAAAGGUCGGGCAGGUGCUGUUCCAUCCGACGGCCAACAAUGUUAUGGCCGCCGCAUCUGGUGACCAUAUUGUGCGUCUCUACGACAUUGAGGCAGGCGUCGCCAAGGUAGAAUUGAAGGGCUUCACAGAUGCGAUGCAGUCAUUUGACUUUGACUGGACAGGAUCCACUCUCGUUGCGACCAGUCGCGACAGGAAGCUGCGCACAUUUGACACCAGGAAAGGUGGCGAUCCCGUACAGGUCGCAGAGAGCCACGGCGGGAUCAAGGGCGCGCGCGUUGUCUGGUGCGGCAGCCUGGACCGCAUCAUUACGACCGGCUUCAGUAAGAUGAGCGAUAGACAACUCUUCCUGUGGGACUCAACGAACCUGUCUAAACCGCUGAAGUCGAUUACGCUGGACUCAAGCAGCGGGAUUAUCAUGCCGUUCUGGUCCGACAACAACAUUUGCUUCCUCGCCGGCAAGGGUGAUGGCAACAUCCGCUACUAUGAGUACGAGUCGGAUGAGUUGCAUUACCUGACCGAGUACAAGAGCACCGAGCCGCAGCGUGGCCUGACGUUCAUCCCGCGCCGCUCGCUUAACACGGACGAGAACGAGAUCGCACGCGCGAUGAAGGUGACGGGAAACAUGGUGCAGCCGAUCUCGUUCCUCGUGCCCCGUCGCGCCGACUCCUUCCAGUCGGACAUCUUCCCGCCUGCUCCAUCGGACGUGCCUGCGCUGAGCGCUGCGGAAUUUUUCGCGGGCAAGACGUCCAUGCCCAAUUUGAUCAACCUCGACGACAAGAGCGGGGUCCUGGGCAAGCCGGCUGAGCCACCGAAGCAGAACGGCGCUGCCUCUGCCCCUGCCCCUGUCCCUGCUGCCGUGCCCAAGUCCUCGUUCUCUCCUUCACCUUCACCUUUGCCAGCACCUGCUGCUGGCGCCGCACCAGCUGCAUCCCCCGCCGCUGAAACUCCUAAUGCUGCUCCUGUCCAUGCUCCCGCUCCAGUCGUCUCCGAGCCUGCGGCGGCUAGCAACGACGGUGCUUCUGACUCCAAGGUGCGAGGCGCUCGUUGCAUAGUACAUGAAGAGUCUGCGCUUGAUUCUGAUCUGUCUUGUAUGCAUGCACAGGUGAAGGAGCUCGAAGCGCUGGUGGAGAAGCUCAAGAUUCAACUGGCGCAAAAGGACACUACGAUGAGGGAGCUAGAACUCGAAAACGAAAAGUUGAAGACGAAGCAGCAAAAGCUGCGCGAUGCGCUUGUGCAAUGAUCAAAUCAUCACUCUGCAGAUCAGUAAAGAUAUUUGCUACAUGGUGCUAAAGAGAGAA